GUCUAUUGUCUAUGGUCUGUGGUGCUCUGAGUUGGACACGAGUAAUAGUGGUUAUAUUUUACAAAAAGAAUUUUGUAAAUAAUAAAAACAGUAAAUUAUCGUAGUAACCAUGAGUUAUUCAAAAUUUGAUCUUACGUUUAAAAUUGGCCAAUAUUUAGAUAGGCAUCUUGUGUUUCCAUUAUUAGAAUUUUUAGCAGCAAAAGAGACCUAUGAUCAAUCAGAACUUUUGCAAGCCAAGUUGGAAAUCCUAAGUAAAACUAACAUGAUAGAUUAUGUUAUUGAUAUUAGAAGGAUGCUUUAUCCUGAUGAAGAUACUCCAGAGGAAAUCAAAUCAAGGAGAGGCAUAGUAUUGACACAACUUCAGGAGCUACAGGAUGCUGUUGAACCCGUCUUGAAACUGAUGCAGCGAGAUGAUGUCAUGAAAACUGUAGAAACUAUGAGAGAUCCAAAAACUCUUAUAAACUUUUUAACAACUAAUAAAGAGUUUGAGUUCAAGAUUGAGAUGAUUGACAGCAUGUAUCAGUUGGCAAAGUACCGUUAUGAGUGUGGUAACUACGUUGAGUCAUCAUCAUACCUUUACUUCUGUCAGCUGGUUAUGUCUCCCACUGAUAAGAGCUACCUCUCAGUUCUGUGGGGGAAACUGGCUAGCGAGAUCCUGGUGCAGAACUGGGACGGCGCGCUGGACGACCUGACGAAGCUGCGCGAGUUCAUAGACAACGGCGGCGGCGGCGCCACAGCCAGCAACAUGCACGCGCUGCAGCAGCGCACGUGGCUCGUGCACUGGUCGCUCUUCGUGUUCUUCAACCAUGUGAAGGGCCGCGACCUCAUCAUCGAGAUGUUCUUGUACAAACCUCUGUAUUUAAAUGCCAUCCAGACCAUGUGCCCGCACAUCCUGCGCUACUUGGCGACCGCCGUCAUUAUCAACCGUUCACGAAGAAACGCUCUCAAGGAUUUAGUCAAAGUGAUCCAGCAGGAAGCAUAUACUUACAGGGACCCAAUAACGGAAUUCAUCGAGCAUCUGUACGUAAAUUUCGAUUUUGAAGCUGCCCGAAGGAAGUUGAAUCAGUGCCAAGCUGUUCUUCUGACAGACUUCUUCUUGAUCGCCUGUUUAGAAGAGUUUGUCGAAAACGCUCGGCUCAUGAUUUUCGAGACUUUCUGUCGCAUCCAUCAAGUCAUCAGUAUUGGAAUGUUAGCAGAGAACUUAAAUAUGCAGCCCGAUGAAGCUGAGUGCUGGAUUGUAAAUUUGAUCCGUAACGCUCGUUUGGAUGCCAAGAUUGACUCGAAGUUGGGGCACGUAGUGAUGGGAGCGCAGCCGCUGUCGCCCUACCAACAACUGGUGGAGAGGAUCGACUCGUUGGCUGUGCGCUCCGAUGCAUUGACAUCACUAGUGGAGAGAAAACAGAAGGCUCGCAAUCAAGACAUACGUUGGGGUGCACAGGAAUUUUAAGUUAAGGAGUUUAUUUAUGAAAGCUAUUUUUUUUUGUAAAUGAACCACUUUAAUAAAUAUAUACCUAUA